AUGCAGCGCGGGAUAGUGGUGGUUACACCCGCACUCGACGCUGUAUUCAAGGCGGCUCGGACAUCAGGGACUCUCAACCUCUCAGGGAAAGAUCUCAAGGAAGUGCCUCCCGAAGUGUACUCGCUGCUGGACGACGUUCCUCAGUCCGAAAAGUGGUGGGAGGCCGUGGAACUGCAGAAGGUGCUGCUGGCGCGCAACAGCCUCACCCACAUCUCAGAGGAGAUCGGCCGCCUGCCCUGCCUCACGUGGCUUGAUGUUAGCUAUAAUGCCCUGCCCCGCCUGCCCGCUGCUGUUGGCAAGCUGGUGGAGCUCAAGAGUCUGCUGGCGAGCCAUAACAAGCUGGAGUGCCUGCCAGAGGAGAUCGGCGGUGCAGCGAACCUGGUCAAGCUGGAUGUCUCCCACAACGUGCUAGAAGGCCUUCCUGCUGCUCUUGCCGCCUGCACACUCCUCUCCCACCUCGAGGCCUGCUCCAACCGCAUCGCUUCCCUGCCAGCCUCCCUGGGUGCCUGCACUGCGCUCUCUCAUCUCAAUCUCGAGAACAACCAGCUGCAGAGCAUCCCCUCGCCUCUGCUCUCCUCGCUCCGCAAUCUAAGGCAUCUCGACCUUGGCCGCAACCAGCUGCAGGCUCUCCCGGACGACAUAGGAGGCCUCUCGUCUCUCCUCCACCUCAAUGCCUCCCAGAACCGCCUUGUUUCUGUUCCAUCCACCAUCGGUGCCUGCACCUCCCUGCUGGAGUUACACCUGGGUCGCAACAAGCUGAAGCAGCUGCCAGCCGAAAUCGGCCAGUUGCGCUCCCUUGUGACCCUCUCUGUUCCUUCCAAUAAGCUGGAGGACCUCCCCCCAUCGCUGCGCCGCCUGAGCAUUCAGGCUAUUGAUGUCUCCGACAAUGACCUCCCCACCCUGCCUGCCUGGCUCGGUAGCAUGACAUCGCUGCAGAGGGUCGCAGCAGCAGGCAAUCCGAUCAGAACAAUCCGAAGCACGCUCAUCAACGGCCCUGCCAAGAACCUUCUGGACUAUCUGCGCUCUCGCCUCCCUGCUGCUUCUGCUGAUGACAACGACUCAGAUACUGCCAGCGCUGCUGCACCUGCUGCAUUGCGUGAUCUGACUCUAGAAUCACCGCGGGCUGCUGCUGCUGCUGCUGCGCCUGCCGCUGCUGCUGCUGCUCCUGCCGCUGCUGCUGCUGCUGUGACUGCUGCUGAGGCUGACUCGGUGCCACAGAUUUUGCAAUCGAGGCAGAUCGAGGAGAUAAAGAGCGGAUUAGGAGACAGGGUGGAGAGAGCAGGAGGAGUGGAGGGAGGGGUGGAGGAGGAGGGAGGUGCGGUGGCGGCUGCAGAAGCAGCAGUGGCAGAGCCAUGGCUGAGGGAGUGCUUUGAGGGAGGGACACUCCAGCUGUCAAAGAAGAGCCUAGAAGAGCUGCCACGUGGCAUCACGGCAUUGGCUGUGGGUGACAUCCCACUGACGUCCAUCAACGCCUCUCACAACUCUCUCACCUCGUUGCCCUCCUUCCUCUCAACCUGCACCUCCCUCGCGGAGCUAGACCUUUCAACCAAUAAGAUCGCAGCCUGGCCUUCCCUCGCUCUGCGCUCUCUCCCAUUGCUCCGCACGCUCUCCCUCGCAAACAACCCCCUGGGGCAGGUGGGGCUGGGGCAGGUGUGGAUAGGGGCGGUUGGGACUGGAGCAGACGCUGCAAAGCAGGUGGGGACUAAGUCGAGUUCAGAAUUCACGUUUUGUUGCUCUGCGCUGGCUCGCUCCCACCAUGUCGCACCCUCUCCCUCCCCACCGACCCUCUGGGACAGGUGUGGCUGGGGCUAG